AUGGUGGAGAAUUCGAUGAUAAAUGUGGCAGAACAGGAAAAAGCGCUGGAACAGGCGACUCGAAUCGUGAAAUCCGAAGCGUUUGAGAUGAAACGAUGUUUGGAUAAGGUAGGGUUUUUGGUUGAAGUUAUCUGAUCUAAAUUAAGGUUUUUAGGGUAAAACAAUGGAUGCUUUGAAGCACGCACUUUUAUUUUUGGGCGAAUUGCGGACCGGUGAUCUUUCGCCAAAGUUUUAUUAUAGAUUGUGUGAGUUUUUUGAACUUUUGGGAUAUAAUUGCACAGAAUUAUUGAUUUUUAUUGGUGAAAUUUGGGUUUUCAUGAUAUUUCGAUCGAAAACUCGAAAUUUUCACUCAAAAUAGAUUGAAGUUCAUAGAAAUUAGCAGAAAUUGCCUUCAUCAGCAGAAAAUAUACGAAAGUUCACCAAAAAUGGCUCAAAAUGCUUCAUUUUUGAUUAUCUUUAAAACUUUUCAGAGAAAGAGAUGCCACGUGGCAAAAGUUGUCUCAAAGAUCAAAAUUAUCAUGAAAAAUAGCUCAAAAAUGCAUAAGAUUUCACUAAAAGUGGAUGAAUCAGAAAAAAAAAUUACGAAAAAUUAGAAAACUGAUUCGAAAUCCAUGAAUUUUUUCAUAAAAGGUAAAAAAUAAUGAAAAAUGGCUCAAAACCUCUGAAAAUUUCCAUUUUUUCAGACAUGGAUUCAAUAAACGAGUUACAACAACUCGAAACCGUCCUAAUCGACGAAUUCACUCAAGACUCCUCAAAACUCAAUAAUUUAUAUGAAUGUGUUCAAUACGCGGGCACAAUUAUUCCCCGAUUAUAUUUGCUCGUCACACUUGGCGUCGUUUUCAUCAAAUGUGGUUUGGGCUCGAAAAAAGAGCUGUUGAAGGAUAUGGUUGAAAUGUGUCGAGGUGUACAACAUCCAUUGAGAGGAUUGUUUUUGAGGAAUUAUUUGUUGCAGUCUACCAGAUCACUUUUGCCUGAUUCGCCUGAUGGAAUUGGGGAAAAAAGUGCGAGAGAUGGUGAGGUUUUGCAAGGGUUUAGGGUAAAAAUAGGGUAAAAUUCAAAAUUUUUCAUUGAAAGUAUAAUUUUUGAUAAAAAUUCAUCGAUUUUUCUAUAAAAAAAAAACAUUUCUAAUGCAUAUUUUGAAACAGUAUUUUUUUCCAAUUUAUUUCUUCUGAAACUAUUUCAAAAGUUCCAAUUUUUGUUUAAAAAUAUUCUGAAACAGUGAUUUUUUCCACUACAAAAACAAGAUUAAAUUUGGGAUAAAGAACGAGUUUUAAAAAAAAAUUUGAAACAGUAAAUUUUGUGAAAACUGUGAAACAUAGGCUCUUUAUUUGGAAAAGCGCUCAAAAUUAGGCUUCAAAUAUGAUUUUGAAUUUUGUCUUAAACUAAAGUUUUUUAGGCCUAAAAGCCCAAAAUUAGACCUAAGGAUCUCUGUCAAAUGACCUAAAAAAUUAGGGUUAAAAAUUAGGGCUGAAAUGGCUUAGAAUCAGGUUUCAAGUUUAGGGCCUAAAAUAUCUAAAAGCCUCUAAGUUGGGCCUUAAUUCAGGCCUGAAAAGAUCUUAAACUAACAGGCUAAAUACUAGGCCGAAAAAUAAGAGUAAAAAUCUAAGAAUUUUAAACCCAAAAUUUUUUUUUCUUGAAAAAUCUCCAAAUUUUUCAACCCAAGAUCUUUCCAGGCACAGUUUCUGACGCCGUCGAUUUCGUUCUCAUAAACUUCGCCGAAAUGAACAAACUCUGGGUUCGAAUGCAACAUCAAGGACCAUCACGUGAAAAAGAGAAGCGCGAAAAAGAUCGCAUGGAAUUGCGUAUUCUCGUCGGCACAAAUUUGGUUCGAUUAUCCCAAUUGGAAAGUUUGAACGAAGAAAUGUAUGUUCGCGAUGUUUUGCCGAGUAUUUUGGAACAAGUUGUGUCGUGCAAAGAUCCGAUUUCACAAGAAUAUUUGAUGGAAUGCGUCAUUCAGGUGUUCUCCGAUGAUUUUCAUUUGUCGACGUUGAAUGAGUUUUUGGCAGCGUGUGGACAACUUGUACCGGUAUGUUAGGUUUUGGUAUUUUUAAAAUUUACUGUUUCAAAAUAUGUUGUUAGAAAAUUGAGAAAACUUGAGAUUUUGAUGAUAUUUUUGUAAAAGUAGGCUCGAAUUUUUGAACUAAAAAAUUUUUUUUUCAGCUGAAAAAAUUUACGUUUUAAAAUUUGAUGGAAAAGUUGAGAAAAAAUUGAAUUUUUGAUUUUUUUCAUAAUAGUCAGAAUUGAACAUGGAACAUUUAGAAUCCAAAUAAAUAUUGAGAUUUCAGAUUUUUUGUUGUGAAAUUCACUGUUUCAGAAUUUACAAUUAGUUUUUCACAACAAGAUUUCAUUGUUCCUAGAAAUUUUUUAAAAAAAUAAACUAAAAAAUUCUAUUCAUUAUUUCUCUUCAAAAAAUUCACUGUUUCAAAGUUUUUAAACGGAAAUUUUGAGGAAAAUUAGAAUUUUUGAUUCGUAGGUUGUUUUGAUUGGAAAAUUGAAAAUUCAAAUAAAUAUUGAGAUUCCAGAUUUUUUUUUGUUGAAAAAAAUCACUGUUUCAAAAUCUGAUGGAUAAUUUUAGAGAAAUUGAACUUUUGAUCGAUUAUAGAUUUGAGCAGAAAAUUGAAAAUUCAAAUAAAAAUCCACAUUUCUGAAUUUUUUCUGUUGAAAAAAGUUCACUGUUUCAAAGUUUAAUGGAAAAGUUGAGAGAAAUUGAAUUUUUGAUCGGAUUGUAAACUUGGACUCUUUUGACCAGAAAAUUGAAUAGUCAAGAGAAAAUCCAGAUUUCUGAAUUUUUUCUGUUUGAAAAAAAUCACUGUUUCAAAAUUUAAUGGAAAAGUUGAGAGAAAUUGAAUUUUUGAUUUUUUUUCAUAAGUAGGUUGAUCAGAAUUGAACAUGGAACAUUUAGAAUCCAAAAACAUAUUGAAAUUCCAGAUUUUUUGUUGUUGAAAAAAUCACUGUUUCAGAAUUUAAAAUUAAUUUUUCACAACAAGAUUUAAUUGCUCCUCGAAUUUUUUGGAAAAUUAAACUAAAAAUUCCAUUCAUUUAUUUUCAAAAAAAAAAAUCACUGUUUCAAAGUUUAAUGGAAAUUUAGAAUUUUUGAUUGGAUUUGGUACUUCUGCACUUUGACCAGAAAAUUGAAAAAAAAUACUGUUUCAAAAUACAGAUUUACUUUUUUCCUAAUGAAAAUUCCUGAUAAAUCUUUCUUCAAUGCAUCUUAAAAUUCUGCCUGAAAAAUUUUUGUUGACUAAUAUUCCAAUGUUUUUUUUUAAUUAAAAAUAUUUAUCAUUUUUCUCCCCAAGAAAUUUGAUUUGUUCACCAAUUCCUACUGAAUUUUGCCUAAAUUCCUCCAAAAACCCCUCAUUUUCCAGGAAGUCAACGUCAAAAAUGUGCUAAUCGCUUUAAUCGAUCGCCUCGCUCUCUAUACAACAUCUUCAAUUGAGGGACAAAGUGCAGCGGCGCCGAGCAAAAUGGAACUUUUCGAGAUUUUCUCAGCGCAAGCCAAAGAUUUGAUCAAAAAUCGACCAGAUAUGCCGAUGGAAGAUGUUGUUUCACUUCACGUGAGUCUUUUCACUUUGCCGCGUGGCAAAAAUUUCAUUUUUUUCAGGUUUCUCUGGUCAGUUUGGCUGUGAAAUGUUAUUCGGAUCGGGUUGAAUUCGCGAAUAUGUCAUUUUUGAGUUUGCGGAAUAUUUUGGAGGAAAAAGGCGUGGAAUCGUGAGUUUUUUGGGGAAAAAUUGGAAAUUUGAACAAAAAAAUUCACUGUUUCAAAAUUUGUUUAUCAAAAUUGAGAAAUCUGGGGUUUUUAUUCAAUAAAGGCUUAAUUUCAUUAUAAAAAUUUUAUGAAAAAUCAACUAAAAUUGGGCUUAAAAUGCUGAAACUGAAAACUAAAAUUUUUAACAAAAAAAAUUCACUGUUUCAAAUAUUGGUUAUCAAAAUUGAGAAAUCUGGGAUUUUUAUUCAAUAAAGGCUUAAUUUCAUUAUAAAAAUUUUAUGAAAAAUCAACUAAAAUUGGGCUUAAAAUCUGAAACUGAAAACUAAAAUUUUUAACAAAAAAAAUUCACUGUUUCAAAAUUAGGUCAUAAAAAUUGAUGGUUUUUGAUAAAUAAUAGUUGUUGUUCACUAAGUAAAUAUACUAUAAUUUGACUAAAAAAUGCUCAAAAAUCUGAAAUUUUCAGCCAAAACCAUGUUGAAAUGAGUUAAAACAUUGCUGAAAUUUCAAAAUUUUUUGAAAAAAUUCACUGUUUCAAAAUUUGGUUUUGAAAAUUUAUUCUUUUUAAAAAAUAUUGUUACAAGGUUAAUAUCCUGCAUAAAAACAGUUUGAAAAAAAUAAAAGUGUUGGUUUUCAGCCAAAAUUCCCAUAAAAACAUUGCUGAAAUUCCAGAUUCUAUCUCCAAAAAAUCUGAAAUUUUCAUCCAAAAACAUGAGCUUAAAAGUCCCGAAAUGUUUCCAAUUAUUGGAAAUUUCAGCUAAAAAUUCCAAAUUUUUUCCAGCAUCGAAGCAUUCGGAAAAGUCGGUCGCGAGCUCACAAAACUCCUUCACAUUCCCAUCGACGAAUACAAAAAUGUGCUGAAAUUAUCCGAACUUCCCGAAUUCCUCAAAGUCCUCAAUUAUUUCGAUUAUCGUGGAAAAUGCAACACCAGCUCAUACAUCAUCCAAAAUCUUCUCGAUGAACAAACUUUCCUUAAAAAUGAUCAAGAAAUCCAGGCAGUCUUCCAAUUAAUUGAGGCACUUUUAAAGGAACAUGCGGAAGCGGAUUGUGAAGCGGAAGACUUUGCGGAAGAGCAGAAUUUGGUGGCAAGAUUGGUGCAUAUGAUUCGAGCCGAUGAUGUGGAUAGCCAGUUUUUGUUGUUGAAUUUGGCGAGGAAAAUGUUGGGAGAAGGAGGGAAAUCGAGAAUUAAAUAUACCUUGCCACCAAUUGUUUUUGAGCUUUAUCGAUUGGUUUUGGGAUAUAGAGAUCAAAAGGAUGAAGAUGUGGGUUUUUUUUACUAAAAAAUGAUUGAAAAUGGGCUAUAAACCUUCAAUUUAUAUCAAAAAUAGCCUUAAAAUUGUGAGAAAACCAAGAAUUUUAUCCGAAAGCCUUUUUUACUAAAAAAUACGAAAAAAAAUAUUAUCCUGCAUAGGCCCAUAAUAAAAUUCUAUUUUUUAAUCUCGAAAAUUUCACUGUUUCAAAAUUUGUAUAGAUUUUUCGAUUAUUUUUUUUGUUGCUCGAUUGAAUUUUUCAAUAAUUCGAAUUAAUUAAAAUUCCUCAAGUUGUGUGAAGCAAAAUGACUAUGUCAAACAAAAUUAUAAUAAAAAAAAAUUUCGCUGUUUCAAAAUUUGUAUAGAUUUUUCUAGCAAUUUUUUGUUUGAUUGCGGAUCUAUUCUUAUGUGAUUUUUUUUUCAUUUUUACUGAACAUUGGUUUCGAAAAUAUGAUUUCAAGCACUAAUUUUCCGAAAAAAAAUAUAUGAAAAAAUAUUGAAAAUUUCACUUUUUCACAAUUUGUAUAGAUUUUUUCUCAUUUUUUUUGUUGCUCUAUUGAUUUUUUUUACAAUUCUCAUUAAUUAAUAUUCCUCAAGUUGUGUGAAGCAAAAUGACUAUGUUAAACAGAAAAUUAGAAUGAAAUUUUGAAACAGUGAAUUUUUGACCAUUCAAAAAUUGCAAAAAUUUCACUGUUUCAAAUUUUAAAUAUAAAUUAAUUUUUUUAAACCAAAAAAUUUACAAUAAAUUGUUUGCAGGAAAAAUGGAAUGCAAAAGUUCGCAAAAUUUUCGUGUGUGCAAUGGGAACGAUUGGAGCACUUGUAUCAACUGCCGAGUUAGCCGAACUUCCCCUGAAAUUGUAUUUGGAUGUGAGUUUUUGCGGGGAUUUUUGGGUCAAAAUGAUCCCCAUUUUGUUUUUUGCAGGGCGCAAUGACAGCCGACAAAGUGCCGUUCGAUGAAAAUCACGUUGUCGUCUACGAAUUCGUCUCAAAAUCCAUGUCAAUUCUCGAAGAUGACGUGGCAGAUUCGAGAGAUCGUGUAAGAUGUCUGCAAUUGACUGUUGGAGCACUCCUACAAACCUCGAAUUUACCCGAAGAAAAUUGGUCGCCGUUGGCUAGUCAAUGUGCACUGGCUGCUGCGAAAAUGUUCAAAAAAGUGGGUUUUUCUGGGGGGCGAAAACCUAAAAUUAAUUUUAAAUCGUUUUUGGCUGAAAAUUUACUGUUUCAAAGAUUUUUUGAAUAUUUGAAGGAAAUUAUGAGUUCCGAUUUACCAGCGAGAAUUGUUGACAUUCAGAAAUUCUAAUUUUCCCUAAAAUUUUAAAUACGUUAAAAAUUUCCACGUGGAUUUUUUUGCGUAAAAAUAAAUUUUGAACAAAAAUCAAAUUGUUUAACUGAAAAAAAAAAUCUCCAAAAAAUUAUGAGAAAAUUUUGAAACAGUGAAUUUUUGAAAUCCAGAAAUUCUAAUUUUCCCUAAAAUUUGACUUCAAAAUUUUACUGUUUCAAAGAUUUUUUCAAUAUUUAAAAGAAAAAAGUCCAGGGAUAAUUGAUAAAAUUCAGAAAUUCUGAUUUUCCCUAAAAUUUUACUCUAAAAAGUUUCCACGUGGCUUUUUUUGCGUAAAAAUUAAUUUCGAAUAAAAAUUGAAUUGUUUUACUGAAAAAAAUAUCUCCAAAAAUUUAUGAGAAAAUUAUGAAACAGUGCAUUUUUGAAAUCCAGAAAUUCUCAUUAUUUUGGUUUUUUGGCACCAAAUUUAAUUUCUGAAUAUUUUUUUUUCACAAUUUUACAGUAAACCCCUGCUAAAAGCUACAGUAACCUCCCUUUCUUGCAGCCUGAUCAAGUACGAUCUCUAUGUACAGUAGCCAAUUUGUAUUGGCAUGGAAAAACCAAGGAAACCAAUGGAGAAAUGUUGAAAAAUGGUGAGUUUUGGCGCGAAAAAACGUGGUUUUUUGCCGUUACAAAUUAUCGAUUUUUUGCAGGCAAACGAGUUGUUGAAAUUUUGCGGAAAGCCGUGAAAAUUGCCACCGAAUGCCUGGAGCCUGUUGUUCAACAGCAAUUAUUCAUCAUUGUUCUUUCGGCCUUCACCUAUUAUUAUGAGGAUGGAUGUCAGGAGGUGAGUUUGGCUGAAAACGCUGAAAAUUUGACUCAGAAUCAUCUCGAAAACAUGAAUUUUCGACCAAAAAUCACAUUUUUCUCCCCGGAAUUGGUUUUUUUGCUUGACAACACAUGUUGUUUAGUGAAUAAAUGCAAAUUUUUUGUUUUUUGUGUUUUCGAAAAUUUUUGGGGGUAGGAAUAAAAAGAAAAUUUGAAAUUUUGGAGAUAACUUUUUGUUUUUAAAAAUGCCAUGUGGAUUUAUAAUUAUGUUAUUUAUUAAAAUUUCAUGUUAAGGCGAAAAUUUGAGAUAAUUCUGAAACAGUGGAAUUUUUUCACAAGAGAUAAACUAAACAUUGAAUCGAAUCUCUGAUAUUCAAUAAAAAUUUAUUUCAUAAUUUUGAAACAGUACAUUUUUUUAACAAAAAUUCUCAAAAAUCCCCAAAUUUCUAGCUAAAAAUAGGAUUUCUAGAAUCCCCGUGAAUUUUAGAGCAUUUUGAACUCAAACAUUAGCAAGUUUAGGCUCAGAAUGCUCCCAAAUUUGCGCCAAAAUGCACAGUAUUCUGUGUGGAAUUUUUUAAAACCAUUCAGGAAAUUAGGAAAUUAAGAAUCUGAUAUUCAACCAAAAUUUAUUUCAUAAUUUUGAAACAGUAAAUUUUUUUAAAAUUAAAAUUUUCACCUUCUUGAGAAAAAUCCCCCAAUUUCUGGCUGAAAAUGGGAUUUCUAGAAUUCCCUUCAGCAAGUUUGGGCUCAAAAUGCUCUAAAUUACCUAAAGAGCCACACUAUUCCUAAACUUACCCAAUAUUUCAGAUAAACAUCGAACAAAUCGAAGAAUUGAUGCGUCGAACGCAAGAAAACGCCGUGCAAUUAGACGUGUCAGCCGAAGCCGAUUCUCUGGAACGACAAUUAGCUGACGCUGUAAAACGGCUGAAAUUGGCGAAACUCGAAAAACACGAAGUUCCUGUAACUCCGAGUUUAGAAGAUUGUGAAAAAGUUGAGGAGGAGCAGGCAUAA